UGUCGUCAAGAGACGGUGUUACGCUAAAGCUUGAAAGUGAAAGUACUGUGAUCUUUUGUUUUACUAUUUGUUUGGUGAGAAAUACCAUUUUUUGCCGCAAGUAUUUCUGACCCAUAUUUUGCUACGCAUUAACAAAAACCUCCGCGUAAUGAAGACCUGAGUCGUAAAGCGUUAUGGUUAGUUUGUGAACCUGCCUUACCAACAUACAUUACCUUACUGUACGAAGGCGAAGACCUGCGUACAUGGAAGAAUAAACUCUCAGAACAUCAUUUGGGGCCGGUGGCGGACGGCCUGUGUAUUAAGAACGAACCCCUUGCAAGAAUGCAGUGCCAGCUUGCAUCUGUAGGGCAAGAUCCAGGUGCUCAGAUUCAUGGACAUCCGCCAUGGGAUCCAUCAGAAAUCAAACGGGAGCCAGGUAUGGGCAUCGACUGUCAGGGACAUCAAGGACAUGGGCCUGGUCCAGGAAUGGAAAAUUUCUCACCACCAAGAGAUUUUAACCCAGGAAAAGUAACAGGCUGUUUAUUAAUGUGCGGUCAGACACCUACCCUAGUAUUUGUGGAGGGUUCUUGGCCCGGUGGGCCGAACGGGGGAGGUGGCGACGGAAGCUGCAUUCCCGGAGGUCCGCCUCAGCUGCAGGGACAUCCCGGAAUGCACCUCCAGCCACACCCGGGUCCCGGCCCGGUCCCCGGAGGCCCACCGUACCCACCGGGCCUGCCGUGGCAAUACCAGUGCCCACGCUGCGACCGCCGCUUCGCGACCCUCCAGGAACUGCGCUCGCACGAGCCCGGCAGUGGCGUGCUCUGCCGCACGCCUACCAUGGGCCCACCGCCCGUGCCUCCCGGUCCCGGCAGUACGAGGGGUGGCCUCGCACCCCGCGGGCGAGGCGGCAGAGGUGGCGGGCGUACCCCGAGGAAGAAGAAGGCACCCGGUAGCAGUGGUGGCCCAGGUCGAGCUGGAGGAGACAGCACGGAGACCAAGGAGGAGCCGACCGGUAGAUUCGUGUGUUCUGUCUGUGAGAAGGUUUUCUCCGAAGAGCAGUAUUACGACGUUCAUAUGCGCAUGAAUACCUUCAAGCCAUUUCCGUGCACAAUAUGCAAGUCACACUUUGGAUCAGAGUCAUCACUCAGCAAUCAUACAAAGCACUUCCACAAGGAGAAACACAAGUGCCCAUUCUGCACUCGUCAGUAUACAUGGAAGAUAAGGCUCCACAACCACAUGAAGGAGCACAUGGAAGAGCAGAUUCUGGUCGGUGUGUUUGGAACGUGAAUAAGUGCCAGUCAGCAAAUGUAAUGGUUCACUUCUAAUGUGGAACACGUGGUCUGUGCACAGGAACAGUUUACGUCUUGUAGCUGUAUAUCUUCUGGCUGUAGGCAAGAAUGAGUUCUUUUUUUAAAAUGCGGCCUAGCUGUACCUGGCUUUUUGGGGGCAGUAAAAGGAGGCUUGUUUAAGUAGCAAUGGCAGUUAGCAUCCAUUAUAAGUGUACUGACUGAGAAUACGGGAGCAGGUUAGCUGUCAUUAUUGUGGUACAUAUAAUUCUUUAUAUUUCUGUUCUCGAUUUGAUGCCAAGUAUCGGGAAGUUACUAGUUAAAUGAAAUUACUGUAUAAUGUGCA